AUGGAGCGAAGUCGUUCUCUACAUCAUCACAUCAUUUCUUAUUUCUUUUCAUCUUCUUCGUCGAUACGGUUUUGGUGUAUUUUCGUUCUCGUGUUGUUGUUAUCUACGAUAACUACAAACGCUUUAGUGAAAAUUCCAGAAAAUGUUUCUGUUCCGGCGAUAAUAGUAUUCGGAGACUCAAUUGUCGAUGCCGGAAAUAACGACGAUAUGAUAACGGAGGCUAGAUGCGAUUAUCCUCCUUAUGGUAUUGAUUUCGACGGUGGAGUUCCUACGGGAAGAUUUUCCAAUGGCAAAGUCCCCACCGAUAUUUUAGCUGAAGAACUAGGGAUAAAACCAAAUUUACCGGCGUAUCGAGAUCCAAAUUUAAAACCAGAAGAACUCUUAACCGGUGUAACGUUUGCUUCUGGUGGGGCUGGUUAUGUUCCUUUGACAACCAAAAUAGCGGGAGGGAUACCGUUAUCACAACAAUUGAAAUUAUUUGAAGAAUAUAUAGUGAGAUUGAAUGGAAUGGUUGGAAAAGAGAGGACAAAAUUCAUAAUUAGGAAUAGCUUGUUCGUUGUUAUAUGUGGUAGUAACGAUAUCGCCAACGACUUCUUUGCUCUCCCUCCGGUUCAACUCAUAUACGACGUCGCUUCUUUCACUGCUCUUAUGGCCGACAAUGCUCGUUCUUUUGCUACGACAUUACACGGAUAUGGAGCAAGAAGAAUACUUAUAUUUGGUGCACCACCAAUAGGAUGUGUCCCUUCGCAAAGAACCGUAGCAGGAGGACCAACAAGAGAUUGUGUUGUUAGGUUUAAUGAUGCAUGUAAAAUUUUCAACACUAAGCUCUCUGCAAAUAUUGAUGGCUUGUCAAGAACUCUACAAGACGCGACGUUACUCUAUAUUGACAUCUAUACUCCUCUUCUUGAUCUCAUUUUAAACCCUCAACAAUAUGGAUUUAAGGUGUCUAAUAAAGGAUGUUGCGGAACGGGACUAAUAGAAGUUACUGCGUUAUGCAACAACUACACAGCUACUACGACCACAAAUGCUCUGGUGAAGCUGCCGCCAAACAAGACGAUUCCGGCAGUAAUAGUGUUCGGAGAUUCAAUCGUUGAUGCCGGAAAUAACGACGACAUUAUUAAAACAUUGGCUAGAUGCAAUUAUCCUCCUUAUGGUAUCGAUUUUGACGGUGGAGUUCCUACCGGAAGGUUUUCCAACGGCAAAGUUCCAACUGAUAUUAUAGCGGAAGAAUAUGGAAUUAAACCAAGUAUACCGGCAUAUCGAGAUCCAAAUUUGAAACCCGAAGAUCUUUUAACCGGUGUAACAUUUGCGUCUGGUGGUUGUGGUUACGUUCCCUUUACAGCCCAAGUUUCGGGAGGAAUACCCUUGUCGCAGCAAUUGAAACUAUUCCAAGAGUAUAUAGAGAAACUGAAGGAAAUGGUUGGAGAAGAGAGGACAAAGUUUAUAAUUGAAAACAGUUUGUUCAUGGUUGUAUCUGGUAGUAAUGAUAUAACCAACACCUACUUUGGUCUUCCUUAUGUUCAAAGCAAAUACGACGUUGCUUCCUUUACCACUCUUAUGGCCGACAAUGCUCGAUCUUUUGUUCAAAAAUUGCAUGAAUUUGGAGCAAGAAGAAUACAAGUAUUUAGUGCACCGCCACUAGGAUGUGUACCAUCACAGAGAACCAUAGCAGGAGGAUCAACGAGAACUUGUGUUGAUAGGUUUAAUGAUGCAACAAAGCUCUACAAUGCUAAGCUAUAUGCAAAUUUGGAUUCUUUGUCAAGAACUUUAGAUGACAAGACAUUAAUCUACAUCGAUAUAUAUGAUUCUCUUUUUGAUAUCAUUCUAAACCCUCAACAAUACGGAUUUAAGGUGGUUGAUAAAGGAUGUUGUGGAACCGGAUAUAUUGAAGUUGCUAUUUUGUGCAACAACUACACAGCUGAAGCUGCUAGAACCAACGCCAUCUCUUCUGUGGAAGGCCAGUGUCAUUUUCCAUGA